AUGUCGGAAGCUGUAAUAAAGACAAUCAAUAUUGAUUCUGAAGAAAAGAAAGAAAAGGAUGGCUAUAAUGAAGAAAACAAUUUGAAUGGAGACUUCGAAAAAUAUAAAGUGGAUAACGAUGAAAAAGAGAUAGAUGAUUAUAAGAAUAAACAACUUAUGGAGACAGAUAAUGAAAAAAACGACAAAGUAAACAAGAAUGUAAUGGAGGAGGACAAUGGAGCCAUUAAUAAACUUAAGGAGAUCGACAAUGUUUCUAAUAUUGAGAACCAUGUGGAGAAUGAAAUUCCUUUGAUAAAACUCGAUGAUGAAGAUGAUGAUACCUUAAUUAUAAAAGUUAUAAAGAAAGAGUAUGUCAGUGACAAUGAUGAAACUGUUAUUGAUGACAAUCAUGAAAAACUAGAAUUAGGAGGAAAUAUGAUUAAAGAUGCUCUGUUGCCGAAAGACAAUGAACAAAUUGAUGAAAAUGACAAUGCAGUGGAAAGAGACAAUGGAGCCAUUAAUAAACUUAAAGAGAUUGGCAAUGUUUCUAAUACUGAGAACCACGAGGAGAAUGAAAUUCCUUUGAUAAAACUCGAUAAUGAAGAAAAAAAAGAAAAAGAGGGUUAUAAUGAAGAAAAAGAUUUGAAUGAAGUCUUUAAAAAUAAUACAAAAGAUAACGACAAAAAAGAGAUGGAUAAUUAUAAGAAUAAACAACUUAUGGAGAUAGAUGAUGAAAAAAAUAACAAAGUAAACAAGAAUGUAGUGGAAAAGGACAAUGGAGCCAUUAAUAAACUUAAGGAGAUUGACAAUGUUUCUAAUACUGAGAACCACAAUGAGAAUGAAAUUCCUUUGAUAAAAUUAGAUGAUGAUUAUGAUACCUUAAUUAUAAAUGUUGUAAAGAAAGAGUAUGACACUGAUAAUGAUGAAACUGUUGCUGAUGAAAAUCCUGAAAAACUUGAUUUAGAGGGAAAUAUAAUUAAAGAUGCUCUGUUGCCAAAAGACAAUAAACAAAAAAGUGAAAAUGACGCAGAUGGAAAUCCUGAUGAACAAGAAUUAAAGUUAUUUGAAUGUGAUGACAAUUCGAAGGAAGAAAUUCCUAAAAAAAGAAAAAAGGACAACGUUAAAGGACCACAAAAAAGGACAAAAUCUAAUUGA